CCAUAAACCGAAGAUACACACCCAAGAUGACAAUACAGCUGAUUUGAUAUAAAGGUUUGAUCAGCGGAUUGCGUAGGUUGUCCCACACUCUCUCGGGCUGUGGUAAAUUCAUCUCUUUAUAUUAAUUCUUUGCCAAAGGAAAUCACGCAGUGACUAAGUUUGUGGAUUUAAUUUUUAUAUCACUAAUGACGGAUACCGUUUGCGUGGCAAAUAAAUUCCACUUGCUACAUAGCUGUUUGACUUUGAAGGACGCGGGGAUAUUGAGCGCACCCGGAGAAGUGGUAAAACUGCAAGGCAGCGUUAAUCUAUCCCUACAAUGCCAGUAACUAUGUAAGGGGGACGAGAGCCGUUAAAUGUUCGCUGCUGCCGCAGCGUAAAAGACGGGGUGCAGGUACAGCAGCGCAUAUUUCCUCGGAUGUACCUGAAAAGGAUUUUCCUGCUUGUUGAAAACAACACCAACGACCACAAAACGCGGAUAUAAUCUGUCUACUGGGUUACAAGCACAUGUUUUGGGAAUUUUACCAUCUUUUUCUGUGGGUGCCGAGAACAAAUAAUCUUUUAUUCUGCAUAUCCUUGAUUUUUGACAUCCAAGCCAUGCCAGUUGUAGAUAUCGAUAAAUAUUCUAUAAUGAAAGACUCGAUUAGAUUUCGAAUUAGAUGGGACUAAUUGAAACGCAAGAACUCUAAUGAGACGUCGUUAAGAGUUCUCAGCUCCCUAUCGCCGCCGAGAAAAAAUAAGGCAAUGUAUGGGGUUGUGUUUCUGCUCUCCGCAACUUAAAACGACACGGCGGCGUUUUCUUACGAUUUUACCCGUCUACUACAGUCCAUUGGAUUCGCGUUAUUACACCUCAGCGCUGACGGACAGCGCAGGAGAUUGUUAAAGUCGGAAAGAGGACUGCAAGGAGAGGGAACUCGACCUAAACGAAGAGAAGUAACCAUCAGCGUUCACAUGUAAAACCACUUUCCUUUCAAAAGCACCGUCGCACAGGUGAAUGGACAGCUUCGCCCAGCAGAGCUUGCACUUUUAGCACUGCGCGCCCGCACCCAUGCCCCUGGGCCACUGCUGCCACGCCCCGCCGUCUGGCACUCCGUCCGCAUGUAGCCGCCUACGUCCGCUCGGCUCCCCCUGCCUCCCACCCCCGGCGGGGCGUUCGUGAGGUGCUGCCCCACGCCAAGCCACACCAGAUAGAGAUUCGUAGACGACCGGAGGAUGGACAGGUUCAUCUUCUCCCUUUUGGUGCUCGCCAUUUCGGUGAGGGGGCAGCUGUGUCCCAAGCGUUGCAUGUGCCAGAACCUCUCGCCCUCUUUUGCCAUCCUCUGUGCCAAGACGGGGCUGCUCUUUGUGCCCACGGUCAUCGACCGCCGAACCGUGGAGCUGCGGCUGACGGAGAACUUCAUCACGGUGGUGAGGAGAAAGGACUUCGCCAACAUGACUAGCCUCUUGCACUUGACUCUGUCCCGCAACACCAUAAGCCAGAUUAUGCCUUACACCUUUGCGGACCUCAACCGCCUCCGGGCUCUGCACCUGGACAGCAACCGGCUCACCAUGGUGGCCGAUGACCACUUCCGUGGGCUCACCAACCUCCGGCACUUGAUCCUCAGCAACAACCAGCUCCACGACAUUUCACCGCGAGCAUUUGAGGACUUCCAGGGGACCCUCGAGGACCUGGACCUCUCUUACAACAACCUGAUCAACAUUCCCUGGGAGUCGAUAAGCAAGCUGAACAAUGUCAACACCCUCAACAUGGACCACAACUUGAUAGAGCACGUUCCCCUAGGGAUCUUCGCUAACUUGCACAAGCUCGCCCGUUUGGACAUGACCUCCAAUAAGCUCAAAAAGAUCCCCCCUGAUCCUCUUUUCCUCAGGAUCCCUGUCUAUGCGAAGUCCAGGGGUUCACCGCUCUCCUCGCUAGUGCUCAGCUUUGGGGGAAACCCCCUCCACUGCAACUGCGAGCUGCUUUGGCUCCGCCGACUCACCCGCGAGGACGAUCUGGAGACUUGUGCCUCCCCGCCCGACCUCACUGCCAAGUACUUCUGGACCAUCCCAGAGGAGGAGUUCAUCUGUGACCCGCCGGUGAUGACCAGGAAGUCCCCGAAAACAUUUGCCAUGGAGGGGCAGCCGGUGGGACUGAAGUGCAAGGCCAACGGUGACCCUGACCCGGACAUACACUGGAUCUCCCCCGAGGGGCGCCUGAUCUCCAACACCUCCCGCAUGACCACCUUCAGCAACGGCAGCCUGGAGAUCAACAUCACCUCCCUCAAGGACACGGGCACCUUCACCUGCAUCGCCUCCAACGCAGCCGGGGAGUCCACGGGCACCGUGGAGCUGGUGGUCAACCCACUCCCCCACCUGGCAAACAGCACCAACCGCGCCCGGGAGCCUGACCCGGGACCGUCGGACAUCCUCACCUCCGCCAAGUCCACCUCCGCAUCAGGAAAUGACACCAGGACGCCGGACAGGAAGGUGGUCCUGGCCGAACUGACGGUCAACUCGGCCCUCAUCAAAUGGCCCUCUCAGCGCCAUGUGCCAGGGAUUAGGAUGUACCAGGUCCAGUACAACAGCUCCUCAGAUGACACCCUAGUCUACAGGAUGAUCCCGUCCACCAGCCAGGACUUCCUGGUGAAGGAUCUGGUUUCGGGCCGGGAGUACGACCUGUGCGUGCUGGCGGUCUACGACGAUGGGAUCACGUCGCUCACCGCCACCCGGCAGGUGGGCUGCGUCCAGUUCACCACUGAGACGGAGUACAGCCAGUGCCAGUCGCUCCACAGCCAGUUCCUGGGCGGCACCAUGAUCAUCAUCAUCGGCGGCAUCAUCGUGGCGUCUGUGCUGGUCUUCAUCAUCAUCCUCAUGAUCCGCUACAAGGUCUACAGCCACCAGGGCGGGGAGAGCGGGAAGGUCACCAUCGCCAACGUCCGGUCCCAGACCAACGGCGGGCAGACGGGGCAGGUCACCAGGUCCGCCUCCAAGGGGGCGGAGAGCCAGGAGGAGCAGGUCCUGACGUGCUCCGGGGUGGGCGUGGGCGUGAGUGGAGGCGCUGCCCCCACCAGCACCGUAAAGGAACCCAACACCAUGACCUUGGUGGUGGACUGCGAGAAGGUGCAGAUCACGGAGAUGACCACGGAGGACGUUCGGUCGCCCACACAGAGGCGCCAGUCCAGGACUUGCAUAGAGCUAAAAAGACGGCCGUCGCUGUCCGCCAAAGACACAAAGAGUGGAGAAGCAGUUGGUGACACGCAAGCGCCUCAGCCCGGGGAAGACAAGAAGAUCCAUCGCGACUGGAGCGAUUUUAAAAUUUGAUGACUCCCCUCCGCCACUCCUCACGAAGCAGCCAUCGCUCUGAAGAAACAUUCCAGGCCAAUGGAAUCGUGGAGGUGACUCAGCUGGGAUCGUUUUAUCCUUUCCCACCGGACUCCCCCGAACCACACAGUUUCCGCUUAUACCGUAUCCAAGAAUACUCCCACCGUCCCUCCUUCACGGCUCUGAGGGAUUCGAACAUUUGCUUGGCAACUGGACUCUUUGACACUUGUGCCCCCUCACCGCUUUGGAGCAUAAUCACCUUUUUCUAUACCUGUGGCUCAGACUGUCUGUGUGUCUGUCAACUGCACCAACCCACACCGAGGACCUUCUUGGCUGCCCCCCGAAUCCAGGAUUAAGAACAAUGCAGAAGGUGGCGCGCCUUGCUUCGUCCGUCCAGAGCCCGCGAGCACCAAAAACCCCGGGCAAAGCAAACCGCACAUCUUCGGAGCAUCGUCACCUUAAUCCUCCCCACCCUCCCCGUCCCUUCUCCAGCGAGCACUGAUAACAUUAUAAAAAAGCCAGCCACGCCACUCGAUCUCAUCGAACACAGCCCUCAGGCCCUGGAUUAAAUAAUUCCCAUGAUCCUCCUCUGCCCCCCACCACCAUUCCUUUAAUUUCCCUCGUCAUUUUUCUUUGGCUUCUUUUUUUCCUUUUUUUUUUAAAUCUGUACAUAACUUUCAAAUCUUAUAGUUUUGUACAUGUAAUUUUUAUGGUGUGUGAAAAAAAUUUUCUAUAAUAAAAAGUGGGCUCAUUCGAAAUGUC